GAACGUACAGUAUACUGACGUCAUUUGCGCGGGCAUUAACAAUGGCUGCUUGUUGCUGUGAAGCACGGCUGACAUAAAUGUACAAUCAUUGCUUUUAGCUCUUGGUUUACUCCAUUGACCCCUCACAGCUGCCUUUUAAGCCCACGACUCUUGUUGAAAAGUGAUGCCUCCAAAGAAAAGAGGAAGUAAAAGAAAAGUUAAUUCCGGUGAGCGCGUUGAAAAUGACGCGGACUCUCCUCCCGCGCCUAAAGUCGGCCGCAAGACGAAGACUCCGUCUCCUGCGGAGUCUUCCAGUGAGAAAAGCACGGAGCAGCACUGCCGCUGGCUCAUGAAGUCGGAGCCCGAGAGCCGCUUUGAGAAUGGCAUCGACGUCAAAUUUGGGAUUGAGGAUCUGAAGGCUUUGCCAAAUCAGACCGGCUGCUGGGACGGCGUCCGCAAUUAUCAGGCACGCAACUUCAUGCGUCAGAUGAAAGAGGGGCAGUCGGCUUUCUUUUAUCACAGCAACUGCAAAGAACCUGGAAUUGCAGGACUGAUGGAAAUAGUGAAGGAAGCUUACGUGGACCACACCCAGUUUGACAAGAAAGAUGUUCAUUUUGACGCCAGCAGCAAGCCAGACAACCCAAAGUGGAGCAUGGUUGAUGUGCAGUACCAAAGAAUGACGAAGCGUUUCCUUCCUCUGGCUGAGCUCAAAAAGUACCACCUGCAGCACCGUGCCAAUGGGGGUCCUCUGAAGGACAUGGCACUUUUCACCAGGGCCAGACUAUCUGUCCAGCCUCUCACCACAGAGGAGUUUGACUUUGUUCUGAGUUUGGAGGACCAAGAACCGCUUUGACAGUUUUUGGACCACGCUUUGCUUCAUGAUGAGCUGCUUCGCCAGAUGCUACACCACAGGGAUCGCCGAUCCAGUCUCCUGGAGGCGGCUCUACCCGCUGUCCUCCUUUGCACACUGUUCCAACGCGCUCUCUGAAGCGGCCGAGCCCUCGUACCGCUGGGAGGCGAUGGCGGCCUGGUGGGACAUGCUCUUCCUCGCCACGUCUCCUUUCCUCCACAUUGUGAUCUCCUGGAAAGCCAAAGUAAAAGAAACGAUGAAAAUAUAACUUGUCC